ACGGGGAGGAUGAGGAGGUGGUAGUAGGGAGUUGUUUUUCCCAGAAUCUGAACUGGAGCCCAUCUCUCUGUGUCUGUUCUGGCUGUGCCGUCCCUUUACGCAGGGAGCGUUACGCACCAGUGGACUGGAGCGAGAACCACGCACUUUUUUCUUUCUCCCCUCCAAACUAUUUCGGGAAUCCAUCCACCUGGGGAGUUCUCUGGAUUUAAACACAGUGACAGAAGUCUGGACUACUCGACUUGGUUUCUCUCCCCCCCUUUUUUUUUCUCUCUUGGAUAUACCGCUGCUGAAAAGCGCACUUUCCAAUCCUUGCUCGAAGAUGCAAGUCGGACGCAAAUCGUGUUGGAGGCAGUUGCAGGCUUCUUUUUUCAGACUGCUGUGUCUUAUCCCCACAGGAUUCCCCGUCCGGAGCGUGGACAUGCAGCGGGCCACCGACAACAUCACCAUCCGCCAGGGAGACACGGCCAUCAUAAGGUGUUACGUUGAUGACAAAGUGUCUAAGGUGGCCUGGCUCAAUCGAUCCAACAUCAUCUUUGCCGGCCAGGACAAGUGGUCCCUGGAUCCCAGAGUAGACCUGGUGACCAAAGGGCAGCUGGAGUACAGCCUCCGCAUACAAAAGGUGGAUGUGUAUGAUGAAGGCUCUUACACCUGCUCCAUACAAACAAAGGAGCAGCCCAAGACCUCGCAGGUUUACCUCAUUGUACAAGUUCCAGCCAACAUCUACAAGGUGUCAGAAGACAUCAUAGUAAAUGAGGGCAGCAAUGUGACACUGAGUUGUUUGGCAACUGGCAGACCAGAUCCUGCAAUCACUUGGCGGCUGCUCAACCCUUCAGCAGAGCCACUAGAUGGAGAAGAGUACCUGGACAUUAUAGGCAUCAUGCGAAACCAGGCGGGUCGCUACGAAUGCAAGGCCAGUAACGACGUCGCAACGCCUGAUGUCAAGUAUGUCAACGUGGUCGUCAAUUACCCUCCAACAAUAAAGAGCACCAAGAGCUCGGAGACUCCCGUGGGCCGCCCGGGGACGCUGCAGUGUGAGGCCGUUGCCGUUCCCACACCAGAGUUUGAAUGGUACAGAGACGAAAAAAGGUUGUCCAACACCCAGGGCAUCAACAUCCAGACCAUCGGCGCCACCACCACUCUCAUGAUUAAUAACGUCACUGAAGAGGAUUAUGGGAACUACACCUGCGUGGCCUCAAACCGGCUGGGUGUCCAGAGCGCCAGCCUUUUUCUGUAUAGACCUGGUACAGGCCGAGACAUCAACGGCUCUGCUUGUGUAUCUCAAUCACUGUGGCUCCUCCUGGCCUCCUUUGUCUGCCUUUUCUUCAAGUGUUAAUACCACUCUCCUCCUCUCCUCCACCCCUUUCUUCUCUCCAACUCACCAACAUCCCAAUCGCUACUUUAUUACCAACCUUACUGCCUCCCGCCCCCAGACUUUUUGCAUAAUAUUACAAAAACCUUAUGUGCUCUCGAGCACUGCUUGCAGAUAGUAUAAAAAGUAAUGGUCUAUGAGUAAAACAGAUGUUUUAGGAACAAUAACGAAAACAAAAAGCCGUUAAACAAAGGACAGAACAAGCAUACAGUGUUCUUUUAAAGAAUUGUAUUGUUCUUUUUUAAAUGGUACGCACUUCUUUGUCUCUGCUAUAUCCUGUCUUUGGGUCUGGACUGGGCUGGAGAUCUGAUCUUUUUUCUUUUUUCUUUUUUUUUUCUCCAUGAAAACACUGGCACCCCCAACCACUGGGGUGCCAACCCAAUCAGCCGUCUCUCGGAGACUGAGGACAUGAACACACAUUUCUUCCUCCCCCAUAGAUGCGUUACGUUAACUUCAAAUGUAGAUUUAACAGCGUGUUUAACCGGUGCAUUAACAAACAAAGCAUCUGCCAAAUAUAUGUAGACAUUUUAAACUAACAUACAAAACUCAAAGGGAAGCUCCUGCAGCUGAUUUUUUUGUUUUCAUGAGAUUAAAGCUUGUUAUUUAAGUCUGUACAACUGUAAUCUGAAGCUACCAGACUGAAACAGAUUGAGCGCAUUAACCAGAGAGCUCUCCAGUCGUCAGUGACAUUUGGGUGGUUGUAGUUAAGCCCAGAAAUCAAGAAGCGGUAAAAAAGAAUCACCUUGAACCCAUUGAGCUAAAACACACAGAGUGCAAACCAGAGGAAAUUAGAUUAGAUAGUAAUAUCUACAUCCUCGUUUGGUGGCUUUGCAGCCACUAGCCUUGAUUUAAAAUGAAAAAAAGAAAAAGAUUCCUUCUUUUACAAGUGGACUAACAAAAAAACUACAAUAAUAAAAGCAGUGGGUUAUAAUAAUGUGUGGUGUACAUAGUCAAAUUUUGUAUUUCUCUUUGACAAGACGACGUGUGCCGCUACUGUUACACCAGUAACCAUAGAAAGGGUUGCAGUUUAUGCUUUUUAGGUCAUGAGUUUUAGGAUCAAUCUGCUAUACAGCUUCAAUUUGGAUAAAAAUGUAUGAGAGCAAUGAAUGGCUUACCUUUUAGUUUUUUUCUCUAUCUCAAAAAGUAUGAUUUAAUAUGAAAUUAAAUGAAAACAGUGAUAAUAAAUUGACAGGAUUUUUUUUUUCUGAGUUUACCUCAUUCAUUUCAGUUGUCUAUUUAUUUUGUGUACUGAAAUCAAAGAUCCGUCAGUAUGAAAAGACAAAUUUCCUGUGUCCACAUUUCUGAACAGGCUUUCAAUUUGUGAAGGUGUAAUGGGCCUUGGUUCAUGAGAACUGACAGGCCUGCUCUAUCAACUAAAGCCUAUUGGACAGCAACAUUUUUAAGAAAAAAAAAAAUAGUUCUUUGCAAUUGAGAUUGUAAGAGACAGGUGCUGACUGACAUCAGUGUAUUAAAAACUGAAAUCUGUGCUUAGCUUCCUGGGAUUCAAGAUGAGAGCAGAAAACGAAUAAAAACUGAAUGCAGCUGCCGUUGCAGCCGCGAGGCCACCUGUGCUGACCGAUAUGUUUUACAAAGUAAAAAACUAAUGAAAGGAAAUAGCUUUUCUCACCACGCCUUUGCCAGUGCUGUUCAUGACUAAAUUCAUUUCUGUGAAUAUAAUGGAUAAACGAAUGCUAGACGUGUCGAUGUGUUACAAAAGUGGAUGUGUCAAAGAGUGCAGUUCUCAGAGGAAGCAGCUGGGACGUGCAGCUGUUGAUGAGAUGCCGGUGCACUACAAGCUGCCUUCUACCCCCUUUAUUUUGGCCCAUUGUAUUGUGACUGAUUGGACUCGUGUGCUCAGCCCAGCUCUUCGACCAGAUCAACGUCGACAUCUCAGCUCUUCAGACAGCCACUGAGAGGGAGAGCAAGUGCUGCAAAACACGUGUGUCAUUAAUGUCAUCCUCGCCAUGCAUUAAAAGACUUUUUUCCAAUGCUCUUUAUUGUAAAUGCUUCGGAGGCCGUGAUUGUGUGAUGUAAUAGUGUGGAAAAGCGCUGAAACCCCGAACCCACCACAAUUUAACUCACACUCAAGUACUUCAAAAUAACGUUUCUGUCAGCACAAACAAUAUCUCACGAUCAGAUUCUUGGAGGUUGUCAUUCGUUUUAUCAUUAUUAUUAUUAUUAUUAUUAUUAUUAUUAUUAUUGCAAGUAACUCCUGAUGUGUUAUUUUUACCACUUGGAUUUUCAUGUUCAUCUGCUGCUGUCGCGAAAAAUGUUUUUCAUGAUCUGUUUGCAUGAAACCGGUCUGAGCAACCCGUCUACUCUGUCCAUGUGCUGCAUUUAAAGAUUACAUUAGUAAAAAAAAAAAAAGGAACUCAGGGCAGAGCAAGGCUGGGCAGAUGGGCGGAUUCACAUGUUUUUGGUCGUUUUUUUUCUUCUUCUUUAUUGACAGACUUCCAGAGCUGUGGCAAGAAUGUCCGUAUUAACCUCAGCAUUCACUUUAGCACCGGGAUGCAUGAUUUGCUGCAUAAAGGCAAACAAUGUGAGGAAUCUAAACUGAUUUAUUAUCUAUCCUUUUUAUCAUUGAGGUGAUUAUCUGGGGCUGGGCUCACCAUGUAGGGGUCCAGGUGCUUCCAUGCAGGUUAAAACCAGCUCAUAGGCACUGAUGUAAAAAGCCAUGGAGCUCUGUCUUGUCUGUAGGACAGAAAAAAGUAAAAAGAUCUGUCUUUGCAUUGCUCACAGAUACCAACCAUCAGCCUAUGGACACAGCACCAAUCCCUGCAGACAGGCCUGAAUAUCUGCUGAGAGCUGGGGGUACAUCUGUCCAGUUUAUUAUGAAGCAUUGUCUCAAAACAUCGCUCUCGCUUUACUGUACAAAAGUGGCUUAUGUAUGUGGCAUGUGCAUUCAUCUGAGUCUGAAGUUAUAUCCAUAUGAGGCAUGACAUUCACAAGGAAUUGGCCCAACAGCUGAUUGUCUGCUUUCUGUUCUUCAGUGGUUACAGAGGUAACCCUCUGUGUUUAAGUUGAGAUUCUUCUUUUCUCCCCUUCUCUGUGUGUAUAUAUACAGAAUUACGUUUCUACGGUAGAAUGUUGUAAAGGCAGUGAUUCCAUUCAAUCAUGUUUAUACAGCUUCACAUUUUAAAUAUUUAAAAAGUUUGUACUUCCCUUCCCUUUGUUGUGGGAAAUUAAAAUUCAACCAUGGAUUAUGAAGAAGAAAUGCCCCAUGUUUUUCUAUUUUUCUUUGCUUUAUUAAGGCAUAAGGUAAUUGCAGUAAAUUUCUUUAAAAAAAAAAUGUAUUAAAAGGUAUAUGAGAAAAUGUUAACAAAAUAAAGUUGUUUGAAUUCAGUGUUCUGUAUUUGAAUGUGACUUGAGAUGUUGGGGCAAGUAUCCAUUUUUAUUUUUGUGGAAUAGCUCAAAACACACAGGAUCUUAACGGUGCUGUUGCGUUAAUUGCCAUGUAA